UAAUAAGGUGAUAAUUAAGUUUCCUUAUUAAGCAUGGCGAUUCGGUUAUCACAAAUUCUACGACAAUCGAGCUUAUUGUUUGCAAACAAAGCCGCAUCAUCAUCUUCUGUUGGUGUUCCAAAAGGCUACAUUGUAGUGUACGUUGGAGAAUUUGAAAAGAAGCGAUUUGUCGUUCCGAUAUCGUUCUUGAAUCAGCCUUCAUUUCAAGAGUUGCUAAGGAAGGCAGAGGAAGAAUUCGGAUACAAUUAUCCGAUGGGUGGACUCACAAUUCCUUGUAGAGAAGACAUCUUCAUUGACCUCACUUCCCGCUUGAAUUAAUGGAUUGUGAUUUGCAGCAUAUGCAUGCACUACUUAACAUAUGAAUUAGUAGAGAAUUUUGUAAAGUAAUCGUGUACUUGCACAUUCCUUUUUCUAGUGUUUUCCCUUUGGAGGAAAUUGUAU